UAUAGAUCUCUUGAUUCUAGAGAUUCUAGGCCUAAAAUGAUUUUACUGUGUAAGAGAGGGGUGACAAGGGAAGCAGUUUUGUUUAUUAAAAGCUAGGCCUAGGCUAAUGAUAUUUAUAUCGUAAGGCACAAAACAAACUGUAGGAAUGCAGUUAAAUUUAAGCUUUGACAAGAGUUGAAUCCUAAAUUAUACUGCAUUUUUAAUAGGAAAAUUUACAAUAUGCAUGAACAAUAAUAGUAGAAUAAGAUACAUUGUAAAAGAGUACCAACAGUCAAGUAUUGGCCUGUGUAGCCAAACUUAUAGCCACAGAAUUCUGUGCUUAUAGCUCAUUUAUGUUUUUUAAAAAUCAUUACAAACACCCUGCUGGUAGCGCAGCGCGAAAACUCAAAACCAACCAACACCAACAUUGGCAACACAUCCGUUACUUGACAACCUACCCGAACAAAACUUACACACCUUCUAUUGAACUUUUUGGAGUCUGCUGUGUGGAUUUCUCUCCAGUGUUGGCAGCAUGGAGGAAGAAAUGGCCAAUCUCUCCUUGGCCCAAAGCUCUGACGCCUCUAGUGUCUCAGCUGCAAGGUCUGAUUCUGCGUCCUCGGCAGAUGUGGACAACGAAACCCGAGAGAGGUUCAUGAGACUGGUGACCAAAGCCCGUCAGUAUGCGGAGAAUGGAAAUAUUGAGAGGGCUCUAGCUCUGAAUCAGAAGGCCCUCUCGCUACGUUACAGUGACAAGCUGAAGAGGAGAAUUGAAAAAAUGAAAAAAUUUCUGGCAGAGCAGGCCCUGGAAGAGGAAGAAGAAGGAGAAUCGAACCUGAAAUCUCUAGGCCAGGGGUUCAUGCUGCACCGUAAAAUCCACGGCAAGUUGUACAGUCACCAGAAGGAAGGCGUCUUAUGGUUCUGGUCUCUUCAUGCCAAGGGAAAAGGUGGCAUCCUGGCAGAUGAUAUGGGUCUGGGUAAGACUAUCCAGGUGAUUGCCUUUUUGGCCGGAAUGUUCGACAUGGAAAAGAUCAAGUCAGUGCUGAUUGUUGUACCUCUGAGUGUUCUGCCCAACUGGGCCAAUGAGUUUGCUGCCUGGACUCCUGGUAUCAACAUCACCCAGUUCCAUGGCAGCUCCUUGAAGCAGUGUGAGAGAGGUUUAGCCCGUGUCCGCUCACGGGGAGGUGUGGUCCUCACGACAUACGGACUUAUCGUCACCAGAGACAUUUUCACUACUCUCACCUGGGAUUAUGUGAUCCUUGAUGAAGGGCAUCGCAUAAAAAAUCCCACUAAGACAUCUAAAAGCAUGCACCGUGUUCCUGCAAAGAACCGCAUCAUCCUCACGGGAACCCCAGUGCAGAACAAUCUAAAGGAAUUGUGGGCUCUGUUCGACUAUGUGCAUCAAGGCUCCUUACUGGGCACUAUGAGAACCUUCAAGAUGGAGUUUGAAUCGCCGAUCAUAAGGGCCCGUGAGCGAGAUGCGUCGGGCGUGGAGAAGCGACUAGGUCAGGAGAUGGCCGAGGCUCUCAAGUCCAUCAUCCAGCCAUACUUCCUGAGACGCACCAAGGCUCAAGUGGCACAGGAGAACGAGCAGGAAGGGGGUGGGGACUCGCUGAAAAUGCCAUCAAUGACUCGCAAAAAUGACCUGGUGAUUUGGCUUCAUCUGACGGAUACACAGCAACAGAUAUAUAACGACUUCAUCUCUUUGGACCAUGUGAAAGAGUUGCUGAUGACAAAGAAGUCUCCCUUAGUGGCAUUGACAGUUCUAAAAAAAAUUUGUGACCACCCUCGGUUGCUCAGCAAACGAGCCUGCCUGCAGUUGGGGCUGGAUGGAGAUAGCUAUGAUGAAGAGGCCCUGGAACAGCCAUCGGCGUAUGAAAGCGCAGCCAAUCAAAUUGACAUGAUCCCUGAUGAAGUUCUGGUGGGUGAGUCGGGAAAGAUGCAGGUUCUUGUCGACCUUGUGGAUCGGCUGCGAGAAGAGGGCCACCGCACUCUGAUCUUCUCCCAGUCUCGCAAGUUGCUGGACAUCAUUUCCAAAGUGGUCAAGAACAGGGGUCACAAAGUGGCUCGUCUCGACGGAAAAGUCACCCAGAUGUCGGACAGAGAUGCAAUUGUGAAGAAAUUUCAAAACGAUCCGUCGUACACCAUUUUCCUGCUCACUGUUCAAGUUGGUGGGGUCGGUCUCACCAUCACAGCUGCUGAUCGGGUCAUUAUCUACGACCCAAAUUGGAAUCCAGCCACAGACGCUCAGGCCGUGGACCGAGCAUUCCGCAUUGGCCAGGAGAAGAAUGUGGUGGUGUAUCGCCUGAUCACAUGUGGCACCGUGGAGGAGAAAAUAUACCGCCGCCAGGUCUUCAAAGACAGCAUCACCCAGCAGACCACUGGAGCCUCUGCCAACCCUUACAGGUACUUCACGAAGAUGGAGCUGAAGGAGCUGUUCUCCUUGGACGACCCGACCUUCUCCAAGACGCAGCAGCAACUGCAGGAGAUGCACGGCAGUCAGAGACAGUCAGACACACAGCUUGACGAGCACAUCGCAUUCCUGCACUCUCUCAACAUAUUUGGCAUCAGCGAUCAUGACCUGAUGUUCAAACAGACGACAGUCCGCGACGAUGAGGAGGACGAUGACGUCCAAGAAAUGAACAACAUUGAAGAGAAUAAUGCACAAUUUAUCAACUACAGGAAACAAAAGGCACAGCAGCUGAUUGCGGAGGAAUCCAACAUCCCCAUUUCGUACGAGGAGAGGUCAAAGGGUGUCAUGAGAUACCCGCCGACAGCCGGGCGUGUGCCACCUCCAUCAAACGCAGGAGUUCCCGCUCCCAGUGGGCUUUUCACUACAGUUGGAACUUCAUCAAACAACGUAGUGCAAGUAUCUGAUGAUGAUGGUGGUGGUGAUGAUGAUGAUGAUGUCAUUGAUAUUACUGAGGCAAUGGAGUUGGAUUCCGAUUCGCCAACUAACCAAGGGACAGAGCGUCGUGUCCUGCAGCCUUUGUCAGCAGAGGAGGUUCGCUAUCGCUCUCCACAAGUCCCAACAAAGGGGCAUAUAGUCAAAGAAGAAAUUCUUAUCUCCCCUGAUGGUCGUAGCCCUCUCGUUGGACUGGAGAAGUCGUUGCUGCGAAAAAAGAUGCUGGAGGAAGCCAGCAGCAGCAACGCUUCCUCCCCAGUGAAAGCCAAGCUGGCAGAAUUGAAUUCUCCUACAUCCAGCCCCGGUAAGAACAAAUUUGCGAUGUUCAGCCCUAUCAAGAAGCAGUCACCGUCCAGGUCAGGGAGACUGACACCGAAACUGCUGCCAGUGUCGUCGAAAAAUACGUUGACAUCAACGCCAAAUUUACCGCCUUCGCUUAAAGUGAUCGCCUCCUCGCCUGACUAUGACUCAAAGUUGUCGUCGAGUUUAAAGAUGGGACACAGAGGUGCAGGGUUUGGCGCGGAGUCGGGUGAGAUGAUGAGCUCCACUCCUCACACAGAGGAGGUUUUAGUGCCAGAAACCCCUGACAGUGCACCGGUCGCACAACGCUCGUCGGUCACUUCACCUUCACAGCGCUCACUUCAAGAAGACCCAAUGGACGUGUCUUCCGCCUGUCGCAAACUUUCCUUCAUUGCUAUGGACACGACUUCAAACAGCCCCGUGUCUGGUCUUCCCGCAGUUGGGGAGGACAAAACGGUUUACUCACCGCAAGCUAAGAAACACAAAAUUUUAUCCAACCCAUCAUCUUCAAACAAUUCACCGCUGAAACUUUCAGAAAGUGAAACCGGACUGAAGGAUUUACUCAAAGGGUCUCCUCGUGUUCAGUCUGACAAUGACAUAAGGGACUUAAGCUCAGCCUCAAGGGCGUUGUUCAAAGGUUCGGAAUCUCCCAACAAAAGUAAAAGUAAGAAACGGCGCAGCGUGUGCGUCAGCAGGCUAAAUAUUUCUGAUAGUGAUGAGGAGAAGGAUUCUAAUGAAAGGGAAAUCUCUGAUGAAGAGAACAAAGAGAACGAUAACUGUGGCGACCAAGACGACGAGGAAGAAGAGGAGGAGGAUGUAAAUAAGGAGGAAGAUGAAGGUAAAGACAAAGAGAACUGCCCUGAGGUACGCUCAGUGGGAGGGAGGAAUAUCAUCAUCUCCGACAGCGAGUCUGACGGCGGCUCGUGCUUCGAGGUGGAAGACAGCACCGAUGAUGAGGCUGGGGGGCAGAGCUUGGCUGAAGAGGAAGAAUCUGAUAAUGAUGAAGAGGAAGUGGCUGAAGACCCCGAGGACAAUGAAGAAUUUCAGAACCUGAUCUUGAUUGCCAAGCAGUUGUACAAGCAGAAGUCGUACAGCCAGUCGCUGGAGUACCAGGAGAAGGCUCUGGCCAUGUUUGCUCUGCCUGAACUUCAGGCGAUGGCGGACAAGACGCGGCUGAGAGCUGCACAGCAAAAGCUGGAAGAGGAACAGAUGGACUGAUGCGUGGACGAAACAAUUACAGUUAUUGUUGUUGUUUAUCUAGCUGCUUCUUUUUCAUGUCCUCGAUGGAAAUUGCAGUUGCCUGGACGAUUGCAGUGAUCAUCUGAAUUUCUUCUUCGUUUUCCAUGUGAUCUGUUUAGUUCUAAUGACCAGUAUGUUGCUAUUUUUUUCUUGGAACCGACAUCUUGAACAGGUGAUAAAUAUGUCACAUCUAGUUUCCAGUACAAUGGGGGGCUAGGGUUGGUGCAGUAGUCCUUGGGCCUAACACCAGGUUGCAGAUGGUAGAAGUUGUUUCCUAUUUUCCUUCCUAUUAUAGUAAGUAUUGGAAUUCUAAUUUUCUUUUUCUUUUGGUUGAGGGUGGUAGGAAGAAGCAGGGAUACUUGAAGUAACACAGGUCCAGCUCAUGACUAGCAUGCCCCUUUUUCGUAGCUUUCUAUAGAAAUACUCGUCAAUAAUUAUCUUGAGGCCUGAAUUACUGAAUUACAAAAUAGCCCCCGAAAAUUUGUUAUACUUCUGAAGUUCAAUCAUGUGCAGUCUAAGCACACAUACAGAGGGCUCAACUUCCAACACUGAAGCGCUGGAUAAGGGCAAAGUUAUAGUCAUCACAGUUUCCAGAAAUAGAGAAAAGUUCAUUACUUUUGAAUUCCUGGGAUGACAGCAAGUACUGAAAUAAUGUCCAGUAUUCAGCGGAAUGAUGUUGUUGUAUUGAGGUAUGUUCCUUAGACUUAGAUAUAACCUUUUCAGUAUAUUAUUUUAUCCUAAUAUGUGCAAAGCAAAUUUUUACUGUUAUUUGUGCUGAUUUGAUGUGAACUAACUACAAUGUCCCAAAAUAUGCAUAGUUUUGUAUUGUUUUGUUUUUUUGUUGUUGUUUGGGGGGCGGGGGUGAUAACUUUACAGUGAUUUUUCAGAGAAUUCUUUCUCCUUUGUGGCUGGAUGAGUUCUUGUUUUUUGGGGGGCAUUGGAAAAUGUAUCUGAUUCUGUGGGCUGCAGAAAACAAACUCGUUAGUUUGUUUGUCUUGAGGUUAUUUGUUGUAGCAUUGUAUGAAUGAAUCAUGAUGCCCUCUAAAUUGAAAUUAAAACCCUUUGACAAUUCUGUCUGUAUUUCUUGCUUUUCCCCAGCACUGUUGUCUUGUAGAUGUUUCUUCUCUUCAGACUGAAUUGGGUGGUUGGUCGGUGCUCUGGUGUGGUUUACCCCUUCUUUGUAGGGCCUACCUGUUUUCCUUAUCCCUCCUCCUAAUCUUUUUUUUCUUUGUAUGAUACUCUUUAGUAAUAUACCUAAUCUUCAUCUUUCAUAUGACCUUUUGGUGUUGCAAGUGUCCUAAAACACUCACUACAACUCAACUGAGGCUAAAUAAUAUCAUUAUCUUCAGAUCGCUUUUUUCUUUUGAGUGGGUGGUUGACGGGUGCUCUGGUGUGG